AUGGGUCUUUCCCCUCCCAACAUGAAGACUCUCGGAAACGUGUCUUUCAUCGUCAUUGGUGUCAUCAUUGCCUCGUUCGGCGAGAUUCAAUUCGUCAUGCUCGGUUUCCUUCUCCAGGUCGCUGGUAUCAUCUUCGAAGCCAUUCGCUUGACCAUGGUCCAGCGCCUCUUGUCUUCUGCCGAGUUCAAGAUGGACCCUCUGGUUUCUCUCUACUACUUCGCGCCCGCUUGCACCCUCAUGAACGGAGUUGUCGCUUUGAUCGCAGAGGUCCCCUCCAUGACCUGGGCUGACUUUGACCGUGUCGGUUACUUCACCCUCCUGCUCAACGCCAUGGUCGCUUUCGGUCUUAACGUCUCGGUGGUUUUCCUGGUAUGUGUUUUGGUUUGGACUUUUGACGCACCGCAGCUAACAGUCCCUACAGNNAUUGGCAGAACUUCCUCUCUCGUCCUUACUCUUUGCGGUGUUCUCAAGGACAUCCUCCUCGUCGUUGCCUCGAUGCUCAUCUUCCGCGACCCCGUUGCACCUCUCCAAUUCUUCGGUUACUCGAUCGCCCUCGGUGGCCUCGUCUACUACAAGCUCGGAGCCGAUGCUCUCAAGGAAUACGCUGGUGGUGCUGGUCGCGCCUGGGCCGAUUACGGUGCCAGACACCCCGCACUCAGAAAGCUCAUCGUCUUCGGUGCUGCGCUCUUUGUUCUCUUCCUCCUCCUCGGCUCCUUCAGCUCCUCCCUGCCUGUCGACCCCAAGCAAUAUGUUGGCAACAAGUACACUGGCUUCUUCGGCAACAGCGGCGCAUGA